AUGAAAACCUUUCCCCUCUUUCUCCCAAAACCCUUGGCCUUUUUCUCCACGAUGAUGUUCUGUCGUCUCCUCACCAGAGCUUCCCAUUUCCGUUUUCUGCCUCUUCUUUCCUCCAAAUCCCCGCCAUGUCCUUCCUUCUCUCAACACCAUCCACUUUCCCUCGUCCGUUUCCUCUCAACCAACAACAAUGACAAUAGGAAAGAUCAGUCAUUUUCCAAUCCCUGGAAUUUUGCCGAAGAAGCUAACGGCAAAUUCGGGAAUCCUUUCCCCGAUGAAUCGCAAAAGAAGAGCGGGGAAGGGGAUUGGUUGGUUGGAGAGGAAGACAAAGCGUGGAGCUUUGGAGAAGAAGACAAAGAUGAUGGCGUGUUUGAUUUUAAAGAAGAAGCUGUACAAGAUGUUGGUCUAACCAUUGAUGGUACCGGUAUUGCUUUGGGUGUUGAUGAGGUUGAGGACCGGGAGAAGCUUGAAGAAGAAGAGAAACAACUCACUGCCGUACUCAAAGGCCCGAAUCGUGCAUUUGGUGACCUUAUUGCAGCAUCCGGUAUCACAGAUGCGAUGCUUGACAGUUUGAUAGCUCUAAAGGAUCUGGAAGGGGUUGAGGGGUUGCCACCUUUAAGUGUUAUAGAAGACAUGCGUUAUGAAAAGAAUACGAGGAAAUCCACAAGAGCUGAAAUGGAACGCCAGAAGCUGGAGGAGAUGGCCAAAGAAAGGGUAAGACAAGUAGAUGAUAAAGGAAGGGCUUAUGGGACUGGGAGAAGGAAAUGUAGUAUAGCUCGUGUUUGGGUUGAACCUGGUGAUGGGAAGUUCAUUAUCAAUGACAAAGAAUUUGAUGUCUAUUUCCCAAUGCUUGAUCACCGUGCUGCUCUUCUUCGGCCAUUCUCAGAGACCAAGACCUUGGGCCUUUGGGACAUCAAAUGCACUGUUAAAGGAGGUGGUCUUUCUGGUCAAGUAGGAGCAAUUCAGCUGGGAAUCAGUAGGGCCUUGCAAAAUUUUGAGCCGGAGCUACGUCCUCCCCUUAGAGCCGCUGGUUUCUUGACAAGGGAUUCACGUGUGGUUGAAAGGAAAAAGCCAGGGAAGGCAAAAGCAAGGAAGAGCUUCCAAUGGGUCAAGCGUUGAUGGUCAGUUUUUUGUUGCUCAGAUUUUUCCUCAAAGGGGCUUCUUUUCUUUCCUCGUUUUCUUUGCAUUGGAUGAAAAGCUAACCUUUAUUUUGACAAUGCUGCAAUAAUUUCUUUCACAAGGUUUGGUGUUAGUUAUGUGAUGUGCUUGUAAUUUCUAGCUUCCCCUACAUGAUUAGUAGCCAGCAGUGUUAGGAAGAUUUUGUUGAGCAAGAAUUACUUUUAAGAUAUUGCCGGUAUAACAAGGGAGAAAUAGGUCCUUUAUUUUUAUUUUUAUUUUUGGUGAAAGAAGGAAAACCGGUUGGCAUCUCAUUGACUCAUAUCUUGCUGCACCGUUUUAGGUGUCUGCCAUUAUUCAGAAGGAAAGUUUAGCAACUAUUCAUAUUAUGUUAUAAUAUUGAGUCAUAAUCAUGUUGCCAAGAAUUUUGUAUUAUAAAAAAUUUGAUAUGUUAAUAAUUGACAUUAUAUAUGAUUUUUGGACAUGUCAUAAAUAUAAUGUUGUAUUCUUACCUUUG